CUCGUGAAUAUGAAUAAACCCAUUCGGCGAUUGCUCUGUUGCAGAACUCAGAAGAGGAAGGAAUAGGAAGACUCUCAUUUUCUUCUCUAACUCUUUUGUUCUGAGCCAAACUCUCUGCAAAUGCAUGUAAAAUGCUCGAGAGAAGAACCGAUGAAAAGUCGAGCAGCCGUCUGAUCAUCUAUCAACUAGUUUUCGUCUCAGGUCUUGUUUCCGCUGGAGAUGGGGAAGAAAGGAAGUGGAUGGUUCUCGUCGGUGAAGAAAGUGUUCAAAUCGUCUUCUAAGGACUUGCCUGAGAAAAAGAAAGAUAAUGCAGAGAAAUCGCCUGGUGAGGCUCCAGAAGAAGUUUCAUUCGAGCAUUUUCCAGCAGAGAGUUCCCCAGAUGUUACAAAUGAUGAGAGCACAGCAUCAAAUCUAGCAAAUGAGGAUAGAGUUCAUGCUAUUGCAGUUGCUGCGGCAACUGCUGCUGCAGCAGAGGCUGCUGUUGCCGCAGCUCAAGCUGCAGCAAAAGUUGUUCGCUUGGCAGGUUAUGGCCGUCAUUCUAAGGAAGAAAGAGCUGCUACCCUUAUUCAGUCAUACUACAGAGGCUACCUAGCCCGUCGAGCACUACGUGCUUUGAAGGGAUUGGUGAGGCUGCAAGCAUUGGUGAGAGGCUAUAAUGUCCGAAAGCAAGCGCAGAUGACAAUGCGAUGCAUGCAAGCAUUAGUACGAGUGCAGGCGAGAGUAAGAGCCCGGAGACUCCAACUGACUCACGAAAAGUUUCAAAAGAGAAUAGUGGGGGUAGUUGAAGAAGACUACGACCAAGAGAAAGUGGAGAAAAAGCUGAAGAGCCCAUUGAAGAAGUAUGAGGGUCUUCCUGGUGGACACAAAAAUGCAGAGAAAGCGAGAGAAAGUGGCUCAAGGAAACAUGAAGCUGUGAUGGAAAGGGAAAGAGAAAGGGCACUUGCUUAUGCUUAUAGCUAUCAGCAGCAACAACUCUCACUGCCGGAGACACUGUCAGAUGGAAAAGAUAUUGCGUUCCAUGGGGAUGAGCGGGAGGCUGCACAAUGGGGAUGGAACUGGCUGGAGCGCUGGAUGUCGUCGCAACCAUACCACUCGCGUCAAUUAGGCUUGCCCUACCCCUCUUAUGUAGCACUAACAAACACCACCACUACCACAGAAGACAUGUCCGAGAAGACUGUUGAAAUGGACGUUGUGACCCCAAUAGAUUCAAGUCCAUAUUCACACAGGCAGCUGCAUAAGCAGCCUGGCUCGCCCCCUGCCCCGAGUUACAUGGCCCCAACCAAGUCCACAAAGGCCAAGGUCCGAAGACAAGGGUACACCAAACCGUCACAACAACCAGGCCCAUAUGUUCCCCAUUGGAACCCAUCAACGAAGAAAGGAUCAGAUUCAAAUUCAUGGAGUUCUGAUGUGGCAAGGAGCCCAAGCCCGAAAAACAAUGUCAGUCGGACACCAGGUCGGCGGGUUUCGGGAUUGACCACGGAGUGGAGUGGCGGUGAGGAUUUGACGUUUGCCGUUGGUCCUCAGGGUUGGAGGCAUGAUUUUGGAUAAUUUGGGUGUGAAACUUGGAACCUUUGUGUUGUGUUACUAAUACUACGUUGUUUUGGGGUUGUUUUGCUGAUGUUAAGGAUGUCAAAUUGCCACGUUAUAAACUGCGAAUCCUGGUGGUUUUCACUUUUCACUUUAUUUUAUAAAUUAUUAUUUUUAUAAUUUUUUGAUGUAAUGGAUGAUAUAUCAUUGUUGAUUGUAAAAUCUAGUUUUUUUGUGUAAAAUUUUCAAUAAUAAAGUUUUUUUAUUCAA